CGUCGUCUUUAGGAGGACGGAGGAAAGGAGCCGCCGUCGUCCCGCUCUUGUCUCUCUCUUCCAUCUGUUCCUUCCCUCCAUUCAUCCCAUCCCAUCUUCUGCUGGCUGGCUGCGACUAUUGUUAAAAUCAAGCUCGCCCGCCCGCCAGUCCGAGCCCUCAGUCGAGGGCAUUGAGGCCUCCAUGCCCCACAGGGCGGAUAAGACGACGCAUACAGCCACGACCAUGAAUAGUCAGCAUCCUCAACUCCACUUCGACGCGGCAACGGCACCACCGCCUGUUCAAGACCCAUCAUCUGCCGCUGCUCUCAUGGAGCCACUCGCCAUCAGCCCACGCACAGCGGCAUUGAACGGAGGGAGCAGCAGCGGGGACGCCGGCGGGAGUAGCAGCUCCACAGGAUGGACUUCGUCGUUGCCCCCGCCGAUGCCGCGAGGUGCUGGUAGCAGAGGCCGGCAUCAGAUGGACGACGAAGAAGAUCAGCUCAUGCAGCCUGGGGCAACUUCCUCUGCUGCCGCUGUUGGAGGACAGCAGCGGCGCAAGAGGGCUAGACAUGGAGUCAAGAUCAAGAGGAAUAGGAAGAUUACCUCGUGUCUAGCAUGCCGAGAGCGUAAGCAGAAAUGCGACCGUACUCAUCCAGUCUGCGAGAAAUGCAUCGAGGAUGGACGACAGUGCAUUUACGUUGACAACGAGUCUCCCAUCGUCGAUGAGGACGGCGAGGAGCCCAUAGCAGGACCGUCAUCAAUACGAGAAGGAUGCGACGAGGGGGGGUCAGGGCAAUCUGCCUGCCGGAGGACAUCGAGCGAAAGCGCAGCAGCCUUUCAGCGCCGCAGAGAAGGCGUACGCAAGUCGUAUAUGCUCAGUCGAUGUCGCGACACGCCAUUUCACGAUCGAGUCAAAGCAGCUCGAGCCGCAGCCGUCUCAGAGGUGCUGCUCUUGGGAUCGCCCAACAACACGGCCGACUUGCCCUGCAAUGUAUCUCUUGUGCUGCCUACAAGCCAAGAAGCGCAGCCGCUACUGGACAUCUUUAAGACUGAUGUCGAGAGCAUCUGCAACAUCGUCCUGAUCGACCUCAAUCGAGCUCGUAUCGGCUCAUUCCUCGACUGGUGGCAUGGCAAGCCAGACACGCUGCCUCCCGAGGCCGACUCCCCUUUGGCGCCGCUUGUUCUCGUCAUAUUAGCCCUCGCUCUCCAGGCACAGAGGGCCAGAAUGGCAAUGGACAACUUCUCCUCAAACACCAAGACGGCCUACGACCGAACAAAGGCAUCUCAUCACGUCUCGCUCCAUGAAUUUGUAUCGCCAGAGCGAUUCCUCCUCGAGACGGCAGGGAGAUGCAUCAACGCCUUGCAGAUCACCUGUCCUUCCUCGUGGGCGACCACCUACUCGGCGCCCCUUGAUGUCAUUCGAGCAGAGACACUGCGAGCGCUUUGGCACCUCGGGGAAUGCCAUCUGCAAUUUGCCAACAGCUGCUUCACCGUAGCUCUGCGCCUGGCAUACGCAGCUGGUCUUCAUCGAGACCCAACACACUUUCAAGGAUCUCCGAUGAGCGCCUUUGAGAUGCAGGCUCGCCGUAGCGCCUGGUGGAACAUUGCCACCCUCGAGGUUUUCCACUCCUUCCGCGUUGGCCAGCCGACAUCUCUGACUCUCUCGUCGAUCGACACGAAGAUGCCCACGGACUUCCAGGUCAUUGCAGAUCAGUACGAGCUUACUCGGACCGAGGGUAGCAAGCCCAACAAAAUUGCUCACGAUGCUCUCAUUGCCAGAUUCAGUCUGGCGCGACUGAUGAUCGAGAAGAGUGCCUCCGUCUUUGGCGUCACAGAGGAGAGCGCGGUUCACAAGCUACGCGACGUCAACGAGAUAGCAGAGAGGUGGGUUGCUGGCCUUCCAGCGGACCUCAUCAACCACAUGAACGCCGUCGACACUACGCCUUCGCUGCAGUGGGUUGACCAAGGGUCCAAGUGGCAGAGCGUCGGCGUCCAGCUCAACCAUUUGCAGCUCUGCAUGAGCGCUCAUCGCCUCGACGAGAACCAGAUCAAGGCUGAACUAGCUGGCACGCCCCUCUCGCAACACUCGAGCAAGUUUCACAUCUGCCUCGAUGCGGCGAGGAGGUCGAUCGACAUUUGCUUCAAGGCUAUUGCUGGGCGACCGGCCGCGCCUUGCCUCGUGCUGAACGUCAUUUCCUACUACGCUUUCAAUGCGGGCUGCAUGCUCGCAAUACAGAGCGUCUCCUCGAUGCCCCUGCCGGAGAUCGUUCUACCCGUUCUGGAUCAGACGCUCGCCGUCCUCGACCAGCUGGGAAACAACGAUGGUCUCUUCAACAUCGCGGAGCAGGCACAGCGAUACGCCAAGACGAUCCGCGAGCUCAGGAAGAAAAGCCCUCCGCCGCCAGAGGGUCACCCACCUCACUCGCACGGCAGAACUUCUGCUUUCCAAGGGGCCAACCAGCAGCGCUACGAGCUGCCGCCUCCUUCCAGCGGUAGGACUGCGCAUACCGAGGCGAAGGCAAUCCCGGUGCCAGGCCAAGAGAAGGGCAGUAAUGGACAUCCUUUACCGAUACAGACGCAGGGCCUGCACCCGUCCGUGUCGCCAGACAUCCCUCGUUGCACAGCUUCUGGUCCUUCAUGGUCGCCGACGGAUCCGCCUACGAGCUCGCCACUCGACACUCUGGCUCCAGGCGUGGCCGGCGCCGGCGGUGCACCACAGCACCAGGGUGGCUCACACGCCCAUGCGUCGCAUCAGCAGCCCAUCUCAUCCACCGCCUCAUCAACGUCCGACAGUCGUCCGCGCUCAAAUCCCGGAGUUCAGUCGCCUGCCUCGAUGUCCUCCUCAUCCUGCUCCUCUUCGACGGCCACUUACCAUCGCGAUCUCUUCGCACGCCAAACAGACAUCAAUUCGAUGGUGGAGCGAACGAUGCCCAACAACAACAUCUCGCACCUCUCGUUCCUCACGUCGCUGUUUAGCCCGAAUCAGCCAGGAAUGCAUUCAAGGGCGGCGGAUGCGGGAAUGGCGCCUCUUCCGCAGGGGGCGUAUCCCCCGCCAGCUCAUGCGGCCCCGUCUACUUCUUCGAAUGGAUCGACGUCCUCGCCAUUGCAACCGGCAAAUAGCAGCACCGGAGAUUGGAGCUCGGCUGCCUCCGAUGCAGGGCGUCAUCAUCCAUCAAACGGUGGGAUGACUGAUCGUAAGCCCUUCGAUACGGUCGGGCCACACGCUUUCCAACCCAUUGGCGGCGCUCAUCAAGUCAGCGGAGGGAUGCCUCAGCCACACCACCAGCACCAUCAGCCGCAAAACCACCAUCGCGUUCCCUCUGCUCCACAAUACUCCCCACACCACGAGUCUUAUCAGCCGCACCCGCACUCAGAUCCGACUCAUCGUCAGAUGUCUUACGGUCAUCCCAACCAGCCUCACGGCAACGGGUCAAUGCCCCCUCCUUCUCGUCCACACGCCCAGCAUGGGAUAAGCUCCUCUUGGCCGGGACCAGCCUACACUAAUGGGGAGGCUCAAGGUGAUCCCAGCUCGUCCUCCUUCGCGGGUCUGCCUGCCUCUACAGGACUUGGAGUCGGCCUCAGCGGCGGCGGCGGGGCAGGGAGCGGUGGUCAUUCUUCUGUCGCCUCAGGCGUGCCUCCCCACGGAGCUAUCCCUUCCAGCGCUCCGAAUGGCGCCAUGGUAGACCCCAGGGCUUGGGAGUCGUACAUUAAUACCAUUCUGCAGAGCGCCGAAUAGGCGCAACUCGGCUCAGAUCUCAGCCCUUACCGACCAUUUUUACGACCCUCUAAUCGACAGGCCAGCGCAACCCGCUGGCCAGUAGCCAAAUAUACACAUCCAUCCUUCGCCAGUCUUCACAUUUUAGUCUUUUCGCUCCUCGGCGUCCGUCUCUUCGCCACCAGUCCUAUAGUCGCAUCUUCCAUCUGUAUUGUAGUCCU